UUGAGGGAAGAAGGGUCUUGGCGGUUUUACGAACAUUAUUAUAUAUACUUUUAAUAAAUCUUUACAUUUCUUUCCUUGAUUCUUUUUUCGAAGUUUUAUGGCUUGUGCUGCUGAUAAGGUGAAAGAGUACCGCGAUGAAUUUACAGAUAAGACAGAAAAAUUGAUAAAGGAAGUUUUUCCUACUAAAGUUGUUCUCCUCAAUGAGUUUUUGAAAGACAAAUUCAACAUUGAAGAUCUAAAGAAAAUUGAUGGUGAUUUAAAUGUGCCAAUAGUACAUCCCCUGGUCUUGGCAAAUGAUUUUCAGCCUUCACCAAAGAAGAGAAAGAUUGAGGGAGAAGAACCUGUGAAUAAUAUUGUUGUGCAGAAUGGACCUCUCAAAGCAAUUCCUCCAAACAAGAUUCUUGUGGAACUUAUUGAAUCAUUGAAACCAGAAAUUCAAGAUUUGAUGGAGAGCUGUAAUUCAGUUAAAACUUGGAUUCAACUGCUAAUUCCACGGAUUGAAGAUGGAAACAAUUUUGGAGUUUCUAUUCAAGAAGACGUCCUCGGCGAGGUCACACGAAUUGAGGCCGAAGCAGCAUCAUUUUUGGACCAAAUCUCGAGGUAUUUUAUCACACGAGGGAAGGUUGUUUCGAAAGUCGUCAAAUAUCCUCAUAUUAUGGACUACAGAAGAACCGUGAUAGAAUUGGAUGAGAAGGAGUAUAUCAGCUUGAAGCUGUGUUGUUGCGAACUGAAAAACCAUUACCUGUGUCUUCAUGAUGCUAUUACCAAAAACUUGGACAAGAUCAAAAAGCCGCGGUCCUCUAAUACGGAUUCCUUGUAUUAACGUAAUACUACCUUCAUCCUGUACAAAUUCGCCGGUGUCCAGCAAGAUGUCGAAGGACAGAGUAGCCCUCAACGGUUAUGUUAAGAAGAUUCGGCAAGUUUUUGUAAAAAGAUGUUAAUAAGAGUGGAUUUCCAUCUGCAGAAAAGUUGAUACUGUUGCAUGUUGAACCAGGUGUAGUCAAGUUAAACUCAUUUAUACAGCCAAAAUUUAAAACAAAAUAUUAAUUUUUUUGCAAGUAGAAAUCCACUCCAACCAUCUAGUAAUGCGAGUUUCUAAACUCAAUAUUAAUUUCACGUUUCAUUAAGUCACGUUGGACCUUUCAACAAAUAUUUUUUCAUAUCAGGACGGUAACGUAUAUGCGAUGUAUUGCGCGGCGUGAAGGGGUGGGGGGUGUUUAUUGGUAUUUGUUCUGCUCGACGGAUUUCUUUCGUCGACGAUUGUGCUCCCAAAAGAAAUUCGCCAGGAAGAACUGAAUAUGCGACCCCCCCCCCCAAAUAAAAUAUAUCUCCUUCCAGACGGCCCUGUUUCAUACCGUAAGUUUCGCCCUAAUGACGAUACCAUAUUUCAAAUACGGCGUACAAACGAUUAUCACCGUGAAUCUAAUUCAUUAACAAACUUCGUUGACAUAACUACAAGUUCAUCAGAGAAUGUCCAACAGGCCUCGACUGAAUACAUAUAGGGUUACAAAAUUUGCAAAUGCCAUAAUUUGUAUAUGCAGGAGACCAUACAUUAGAAUUUCAGCGGCUGUGCAACUAAUAAAGCUUUCGAGAUUUAAAAAUACUUUUGCACUUACAGUAUAGUAUAUCAAAAUAAACAUAGCAUUUUGCUCUGUGCAUGUUCCUGUUAUAAUAACAUGCAGGGGGAAACGUAUUUUCAAAUGCCAGAAGUGUUAAUAGUUACACAGCCAAUGAACUCCAUGCAGGUAUGAUCUUGUGCAUAUAUACCAAUUAUGGUAUUUUUAGAUUUUUUUGCACAACCUACACUGUUUUUAUGAUCUCUGCAGCGAUUAGAAUGCAUUUUAACUGGCAAGGGGAACAAUAUUUAUGUUUUAGUUUCUUAAUUAUACACUCUUGGAAACUUUUAUACGUAGCAUAACAGAAACUAUGCGACAAGUUUGCAUAUGAAUAUAGCCACAAGUUUUUGACUUAA